UCUGGUUGUCGCUGGUGAAGCGUGAACGUGAACCAGCAAGAGUGUAUUGGCUUCCUGACGUACUGGCGUCGUAAGUUAGCCAUCGCACUGGACGAUUGAUCACUGAUCACGGUGUCCAUUCACGUCCGUCACAAGAGUCCAUUUAAUGGAGCAUGUGAGUGCCGAAAAAGGAGUAAACGCGUCGGGUACGUCGUAAAGGAGUGGGUGUGACGGGGGGUUAAUUUAAAAAACGUGGGUGUGGGCUGUGUACGUGGGAGGAAAAAAAAAUACUUAAAAGUGCCAGAACGUGCCAGGAAGAAUUAUAAUAAUAAUUAACAUCAUUAUCAUCAUCAGCCAAUACUUUACCCAAUCAACGUCUGCGUGAUAAUGCUCAGGUACUUAUUGUCACCUACGGGCUACCUGAUGUCCACUAAAAUAAUCAUUUUUUACUCACGGUAACGAUUAAUUAUUAUUUUAAACGACGGUACUUUUAUUUCAAUUAAUAAUUUGCUGACUGGACACCCAACUUACGAACUAACCAAGUUGGAGUAUUAAUUUUUUUGCUGAUUAUUGCGAAACUAAAUAAAUAAUAUAACAUGGCCACGAUAACUGACGAUCGAGUGACGGAUUUACGAGCGGAAAUUGAAAGACUUUCACGUGAGCUUGACCUUGCGUCGACUGAAAAAAUUCAAUCAGCACAAUAUGGUCUCGCUCUUUUGGAAGAAAAGUCUGCGUUGGAACAAAAGUGUAACGAGCUCGAGGCACUUUACGAGAACACAAAACACGAGCUCGAUAUCACUCAAGAGGCUCUAGCUAAAUUUCAAACGACGACAAAAUUGACAACCAGGAGUGGGAUUGAACAAGAAGAGAGUCUUCUCUGCGAAUCAGCGGCACGAGAAACGUCACUACAGACGUUGAUAAUUGAAUUAGAGAAUGAAACAAAACAGUUAAGACAUGAGUUGGAACGUGUGCAAGUAGAACGCGAUCAUGCAUUGCAGGAACGCGAAGAUGUGGGUAAACAUCAUCAGCAAGCUGAAGGAGAACGAAAAAAUCUACGCACUGAAUUACGCGAGUGCAGAUUUCGAGAGGCGAGAUUACUUCAGGAUUACACAGAACUGGAAGAUGAAAAUAUAUCUCUGCAGAAACAAGUAUCGACAUUGAGAUCGAGUCAAGUAGAAUUCGAAAGCGCGAAACACGAGAUUCGUAGAUUGAGCGAAGAAGUUGAGCUGCUCAAUAGCCAAGUCGAGGAGCUCUCCAAUUUAAAAAAAAUAGCUGAGAAGCAGAUGGAAGAGGCACUGGAAUCACUCCAAGCCGAGCGGGAAGCUAAAUAUUCGCUGAAAAAAGAGUUAGACCAACGUAUGAACAGCGAGUCUAUUUUUAAUUUGAGUAAUUUUGCUCUCAUACGCGGAAUAACUGAUGAUCAGACGAUAUGCAGUGACGGGGAAGACGAUUCCCCUGCGUUGAGGAGGAUCGAGGCUGACUUAAAGACUCAGGAACCCGGGACAUCUGCUGCCAGUAAACAAGUCGAUUUAUUUUCGGAAAUUCACUUGAAUGAGCUUAAAAAAUUGGAGAAACAACUGGAGCUGGCAGAGUCGGAAAAAAGUGUCCUCUCACAAAACUUAAAAGACAGUCAGCAUGCCGUUGAAAAGAGCCAAGGGGAAUUGCAGUCGUUUGUUGCUAGAAUUGUUCAAUUAGCGGCUCGCGUUCAGUCGCUUCAGCAUUUACACUCUAAACUUCCGGAAAAACAAACUGAAGAAACGGCUAUAGAUAAACUCACUCAGGCUGUUAUGCAGUACCAUCAGUGGAGUACAAUGUCUGCACGAGAAGUUGAACAGUUGCAGAAGGAUUUAGCUGAGCUUGAAGAUAAUUUGACUGUUUCCGAUGCAACACAGCAGCUGAGAAUGGAGUUAACAAACCUCCGUAACAAGAUACCGGUGUCAGAGAAGUGUCUUCAGGAAAAGCUACUGGAUACUGAGCAUCGGAAUUCUCAGCUCGAGUCAGACAUUGAAAUUCUUUCAAAACUCGCUUGUGAAGCUGGAGGCUGUUUAGACACUGCUCAAAAUGAUCUCCAAAAUAUUUCGGACGAGUUGGCGCAACUUUAUCACCACGUGUGCGCGGUCAAUGGUGAGACACCGUCGCGAGUAAUUCUUGAUCAUGAGAAAAUUGUUCCUGAGAAAGAAGAGAGUGAAGAUAAUGGCAAAAUUGAAUGGUUCAGAACACUUUCCAAGACAGAUUUACCGAUCAAAGACCUCAAGAGUCUCAGCAAAGCUAAAGAAAUCGGCAAACAUAUUGAGACCGCGAUGGAUCAAAUAAAACAUCUGAGGAAUGCUGUUGAACAUACCAUCGACAUGUCAAAAUUAAAAGGAAACCAAACUGACAAUUCCGGCAAUGAAAAUAAAGCAGACGAAGGAGACCUACAGGAGCAGGUGAUAAAACUCAAGGCGUUGUUAUCAGCAAAACGAGAACAAAUAGCCACUUUGAGAACAGUACUAAAAUCAAAUAAAAAUACCGCUGAAGUUGCGCUGACCAAUUUGAAGAGCAAGUACGAAAGUGAAAAGAGUAUUGUCAGCGAAACUAUUUCAAAACUAAGGAACGAACUCAGGCGGCUGAAAGAAAACGCAGCGACAUUCUCAAGUCUACGUGCAAUGUUCGCUGCACGAUGCGAGGAAUAUGUAACACAAGUUGAGGAAUUGCAAAGGCAACUGGCUGCUGCUGAGGAGGACAGGAAAACGCUCAAUCAUUUGCUACGUCUUGCUGUCCAACAAAAACUAGGACUUACUAUGAAGUUAGAGGAAUUGGAGGUCGAUCGUGAAUUAAGAAAUACUCGUAGGCAUGGUGGCAGUGGCGGUGGUGGACGUGGUCGUGCUCCUCGCAUGCAACAGACACACCGUCCUCACAUGGGUAGAGAUUUUUUCUAGAAAAUGGUUAAGAUAUGGAGCAAAGUUUUCUGAGUGAUGAUUAUUAUUUUUUGUCAAUACUGUCGUGUUUAUUACUAUUAUUUUAUAUAUUUAUUUUACUUUUUAACUUUUUUUGGGUACAUGGAACUUAAUCGUGUUGAUUAAAUUUAUAAAAUAUACGAUUGUUAUUCAGUCACUAGGAAUUUAAAUUGAACGUAUCACGUGCGAGAUAUCGAGGUAUUAUUUUUGACAGAUGAAAUUUGAAUUUUUUUACAAUUCAAAUAUUUUUUACGCUAACAAUAUUUUUAUUCAUUUUCAAUAUUCGGUCAUUGACUUUUUAUUUUUUUAUUUUAUACAAAAUUUUAUUCACAAGAAAAUUUUUUACUUUUUUUUACAAUAAUUUUUACUGAAUUUUAAAUUCAAAUGGAAAAGUUUUUAGAAAUUUUAUUUAGGGUCAAGUAACCAACUGACCCCUUAAUAUCCAAUUUCCUUAUAUAUUUCUAUUUAUAAAUAAAAUGAAUUUAAGAUUAAAAAUUAUUAAUUUAACGACUAAAUAGAUGAUUUAUUGUUAAAUCACUUAUUUUAAAUUUUCAUUUUAAUUGAAAGUCAGAGAAAAUUAAUUACUGCACGUGACGACUGAUCUAGAAAUUUUACGAAAUUUUGUUUUGAUCGUAGUGGAAUUUUUUUAUUUUUUGACAUGAUAUUUAAUUAGUACUUAUAAGUAUCAAAUUAAAAAUUAAUUACUCUAGAAUCUAUAAAAAAUUUUUCUGACAAAAGUAAUUUUUUAGAAGACUAGUUUCUAAAGUUACGGUGAUUGGAAAUUGGGUAUUUUAUACUAGUUAAAUUUGUUAUGCAAAAUUUUUUUUGGUGACGCAAAUUUCUUGUAUAAAUAAAUUUAAAUUCAAUAUUAAAUACGUACGCAAGUGAUUAAUUGGAAAAAAAUAUAUUGCGAAAAUAAUAAAAAUUUCCAUGUACUCCAAAAAAAAUGAUAUACUCGAACUCGAUACAAGUUAAAUUGCCUCGGGAAUUGAUGUUACUAUCAAUAACAUUAAUACAGAUGAAAUGAAAAAAUUCACAGAGAUAUUUUACUUAAAAAACAAAAAAAAAAAUAAUAAUAAAAAAAAAAUAAAUAAAUUAUCGAAUCCGGAUAAUUGUGGCAUUUGUUAGCAUGACUAAAUUUCCCAGCGGAUUAACUAGAUUCAAAGUUUUUCCCUCUAUUUUCAUCACUCACGCUCCAUGUCGUUGAUUAAGUCUAGUUACAAAAAAAAAGGCUAAAAAAAAAAAACAAACAGGCGAAGAAAACAAUGAAAGUCUCUUCGUUACGAAUUUUUAUUUUCCAAAAAUACUAAACAAGUCAUGAGUUUUUUAAAAUUCAAUGAAAAUUAGGACUUGUCGAUUGUAGACAAUACGUUACUAAUUAUACGACGUAGAAUUAAAUAAUCGUCUUAGUAAAAAAAAAAAAAAUAAAUAAAAAUUUCCAGUCCUUGGAAAAUAGCGUUUUAGAUUUUAUAUAUUUUAAAGUAACAAUAAAAAAAACAUCAGUAGGUUUUUUUAGUCUGAUAAAUAAAUAAUAAAAAAUAAUAAAUUUUUAAAGUAACGAAUGAACGAGUGAGAGAGUACGAAAUUCCGUCGCAUCACAUUGUGCUCCUUAUUUUUUAAAAUUGCAAUAUUAUUUGAUAAGUAUUAUUUUUUAUUUAUUUUUUAUCAUUUGUAUUUUAAUUAACUACGGCCGGUUUAUUUAUUUUUGAAUAAACAAUCAGGCCUCUGUUUUAAAUUCCAGCUAUCGAUUUUAUACAGUCGACUACCCGUUAUAAGCUUGCCCGUUAUAAGCCUCUUCCCCUCAAUCAGCAGGUAUUGAGUCCAAACAGCCCCCACUUAACCACUUUUUUGAGUUUCAUACCAGACAUCCCGUUAUAAGCCGCCGUUAAAAUUCUCUAAAUUCUAAACUAACAGUGGGAACAAAAUAUCAAAAUUAAUGAUGAAAAUUUACUAUCGAUAUUUCGCGGAUGAUAAUUUAAUCAAUAUUAAGUAAAAUGUAAUUUAUUGUUGAUAAUUGUAAUCAUUAAUUACAAUUAAAGCUUCUGUUACAAUUUAAAAGUUUUAUUGAGCAUUAUGUUGAUCAAUAAAAUUAUUAUUAUUAUUACUGUAAUUAAUACCGUUGUCAUUAUAAUUUUUUCCGUUAAAAUUAUUAUUAGUGUAAAAAGAUAACUAUUUAUUUUAGCGAUAUAAGCACUAGAAAAAUCGGGAUACUGACGUAUGGAACAAACCGUAAAUAUGACGUUUGAAAUGAUAUAAAAUAAAACAGGCUUAUAACGAGAAGUCGAGAACGAAACUAAACGCACGGUAGUGGGAAGACUGAAAUUCCAAGAAAAAUUUCUCCUACAUCCUCUAGACCAGACUUAUGGCGGGUAGCUGACUGUAUAAUAAUGUUUAAUCAUUACGUUUUAUAUUUUAAUACUUAAAUCAAAAUAAUUAAUUAUUUCUUUGCGCAACUAUUAUUUUAUGACGUUGAUGAUUUUUAUCGUCAAUAGAUAUAUAUUAUAUAUAUAUACAUAAUUAUUAUCAUAGUAAUCUAUUAGCAAUCAUUUUUCACGAGGUGAUGGCUAGGUAAUUUAAUUAAAUAAUUAUUUAAUUAUUAUUUUUAUUAACAAUUUAAAGAAAAAAAAAGAAAUUGAGUCCUUGAAUCGUUGAGUAAAAAAAGAAUUUAUAAUAACGUCCAUUUUUUAUAAACUCCUGCUUAAAGAGCAAAGGAAAUAAGAAAAAAAAAAAUACGUUAAUAAAAUCAUAAAUAAAUUUUAUCUAUUGUCAAAAAAAAUAAAAUAAACCGACGAGUUAUCAUUUGAUAACACGAUCGGUAAUUGUUGCCAAUCUUUUAAAUCGUAUUGUCUCUGAUGUAUUUGUAGUUGAUAAUUAUUCGUGUAAACAAUCAAUUACGGUGUUGUUGUCGCUAUUCGCUUUGUAAUUAAGUCUGUUAUUUAUUAUUAUUAUUAUUAUUAUUAUCUAUUACUAUAUAAUUAUAAUUAAAUUGUAUAUUUAUUAAUGUAAAUUUAUUUGUCGCGGGUGUUUUUGCAAGGCAGCUAGCGCGUAAAAUCGAAUGAGACAUUUAAUAUCGAUCGUUCUUUUGACUGAUCGAUAACCAUCGUAUUACUACCGAACCAUUAUUGUAAACGUCCAUUUGUUAUUCAUUUUAUUUAAUACACGCGAUGUUUAAAACAAUUUCUCUUUAUUGGUUUUAUAGUUAAUUUUUAAUUGUUGAUUAUUUUAAAAUUAAUUUAAUGUUUUAAAUGAUUAAAUUACUUUGAAUUUAUAACUUUUCCUCUAAUAAUUUGUUGUAGAUAUUCAGUUUAAUUGCACAAGUUUAUUAUUUGUUUUAUUAAACAUCAGAAGUUAAGUCCAUUUAAUAUUUAAAGAGCCUCGAGCAUUAAAUGAAAAUAUUUUUUAAAUUUUAAUUCGAUAGAUUUCAAAUUAUUACUUGAUUUUAAUUAACUGAUUGUUUUCUUAAAUACUUUUAUUUUAUAAAAUUAAUAGAAUAAAAUUAUAUUAAAUUUAACAUCGAUUUACUUGCACUCGGUAUUAAUUACCAAUGAAUAUUUAAUUGUUUUAUUUGUUUAACUGAACAAAUUAUUGACAUUGUAUUAUGGAUUAGCAAAAUACUGUUUAUUUAAGCUCACUUAAUUGCUCAUGAAUCAAAAUUAUUAUUCCACCGCAUCGAUUUAAUGCUUAUGCACAAACUUGAAUAUCUACAACACUUGAGAAAAAUAAACAUUUAAAUCUACAUGGAGAGAAAAUUAACGAAACUGUUACAAUAAAGUACUAAAUAUAUGUCAUACAUUAAAUACACAAAAAAAAAAUAUUUUUUGGCGUAAGAAUUUUUUUUUUUUGCUUGAGAAAAUUUUUU